CUCUCUCUCUCUCUCUCUCUGUCUGUCUGUCUCUCUCUCUCUCUCUCUCUCUCUCCCCACUGUUCAAUGAAGAGAUGAGAGAUCGUAUGGAGCGCCUGGUGGUUCUUCCUUUCUCCAUAGGCUGCGUUUCUCAAUCAAGCAUUGCCGUAUGUGAAAAUCAACCCAAGAAAACCAAACAAGAACCAAACACACCAUCAACAAGAGAGUGCUUAUCAGGUGGGAGAAUGAAAACAUCACUUGGGUUCUCUGGAGGGUUCCAAAGGUUGAUCAAGGGCUUCAAGAGCUUCUCUCAAUUGUUCGUGUACAAGGAAGAGGAAGAGGAUGUAAAGAUGGAUAUGGAGAUUGGAUUUCCAACAGAUGUGAAGCAUGUCACACAUAUUGGAUGGGAUGGGUCCACCACAACCAACACAACAAUGAAGGGCUGGGAUGAUCUCAAGACCCCAGAUUUGAUUUCUCUCACUCCAAUCUCUCUAAGGCAAUUUGAGCUUGCCAUGGCUGCUCAAUCAGAUGCACCCCUUGCACAUGGCUCUUCUCUCAGGCUUACCUGAUCUUCAGUGCAUCUGAGAUUGUAUAGACCUCCUGACGUUUGCUAAUUCCACACACGUGUAGAGUCGUACAAAUCCACACGUGGGCGCACGUGUCACGAUGUGAUACGUUCAUAAGAUCUGAGCUUUUCAUCAGAUGAGCUACGUUGUUUAGAUCUUCUAUCAUAAUAAUCAUGCCAUUUCACACCUCAGGUGGGCCUUUUCAGAUCAAAACAAAUGAAUGGCUGGAAAAAGGCUUUAGCCUCUUUAAAUUUACUUUGCAUGUUGUGGCCUACUUAAAGAGUGCAAUUAUCUAUGCAACCAUUAUUUCUAAUCUUAUGGAAAGCUCAGAUCCUUCACACGUGUUUCGUAGUUGCACCUGUGCCCGCGUGUGUAUAUGUACGGCUCUACACGCGUGUGCAAUUAGCAAAUCUCGUCCUACAUUAUUUUUUGUGGAUUGCUGCGUUUGGGAGCUUCGUUGAGUGAUGACAUACGAUAAAGGGUUGUUAUUUAUACUCCGGCUAGGUGUGAUGCUUGAUACGCAUGCACUUGGAAAUUGUAUGUGUGUCAUACACUAACUCAAAUUUAAACCGAUUGAACUGUGGAACUCACUGUUGAGGAGUCAAUCUAAAAUUUUAUUAGUUGAAUAAUCUUAACCUUUGAUUCUUGGA